AUGACGGCGCCACAUGUGAAUGGCACCAAUGGGAUGCAUUCCCCCGGAAGCAAAUCUGCAAAGCCCAGAUUCUUUGAAGAUUAUGGAAUCUGGAAACAAGCUCCCGUAUUGACAGGUUCUACCAAAUACGAAUCUUUACCGGAUGUCAAGAAUAUUAUGAUUACUGGCGGCGCCGGCUUCAUCGCAUGUUGGCUUGUCCGUCAUCUCACACUCACUUAUCCGGAAGCCUACAAUAUUGUGUCCUUCGACAAGUUGGAUUAUUGCUCUUCGUUGAACAAUACUCGCAUGCUCAACGACAAACGAAAUUUCACUUUUUAUCAUGGCGAUAUUACUAACCCCUCCGAGGUGCUCGAUUGUAUGGAGCGCUUCAACAUCGACACAAUAUUCCACUUCGCUGCCCAGUCUCACGUCGACUUAAGUUUCGGAAAUUCAUACGGAUUCACGCAUACAAACGUAUACGGCACUCAUGUUAUGCUAGAGAGCGCGAAGAAAGUUGGCGUGAAGCGGUUUAUCCAUAUAUCUACCGACGAGGUGUACGGCGAGGUGAAGGAUGAUGAAGAUGAUUUACUAGAAACCAGCAUCCUAUCACCGACUAAUCCCUAUGCUGCAAGUAAAGCUGCCGCAGAAAUGCUUGUGCACUCUUACAUGAAGAGCUUCAAACUCCCGGUUAUUAUAGUUAGAAGCAACAAUGUUUAUGGACCGCAUCAAUUUCCUGAGAGUAAGCGACAAACAUCCGAGGAUGUGGGGAGAGCGCAGUUUAUUAACCUCAGGACAGAAAUAAUUCCUAAAUUCAUAUGCCUAUUGAAUCGUCAGAGACCGACAGUGCUUCACGGCGAUGGGAGCCCUACCCGAAGGUAUCUAUACGCCGGCGAUGCGGCCGACGCAUUCGACACCAUUUUACAUAAAGGAACCCUCGGCCAAGUUUACAAUGUAGGAUCGCAUGACGAAAUAUCAAACAUUCAACUAUGUAACAUGCUGUUGAAGGAGAUGAAUAUUCCUCACGAAAGUCAAGAUGACUUCAACAAGUGGGUGAAAUACACACAUGACAGACCUUUUAACGAUCAUCGAUAUGCUGUUGACGCCACCAAACUUCGACGUCUUGGUUGGGACCAAAAAACUUCAUUCGCCGACGGCUUGAAAAUCACCGUCGACUGGUAUCGACGUUUUGGAGAAGAAUGGUGGGGUGACAUUAGUAAAGUCCUCAGCCCUUUUCCAAUUGUCGUCGAGGCCGAGGUGGUGUCCGACAAAGAGGAAAUAUGCGACGAGCCGCAAAUACCAAGGAAACGGAAAUCACCGGAUUAA